GAAAGCUCAAACAGUUGUUCAUAAUUACCCUCAUCAAAUUAUGUUUGGUGGAGGCAAAAGCAUGGGAGGUGGAGGAGGAGGGGGGAUGUUAAGAACAGUUGGGAGAGCGGUUACAAGAACUGGAGUUACUAAUCUCCAAGAACCCAUUUCAUCUUCUUCUUCAAAUUCCACUACAACUACUACUGCUGCUCCUACUUCGCCUACAAGGACUAACCACAACAGGCUGAACUCUUUGUCUGCUAUCACUUCGUCUCCACCUCUUUCUCCGCAUAACGUACCCGUUUCUGCUGCUCAUGGGGUGCCCACUUGGCCCUCUUUGGGCUGUGACGAUUUUGAGUGGGUGUCUUUGGAUGGUGAAGAUCGAAAGUCUCAUGGGGCUCUUGGUGAUGACUUUGUUCUUGGACCUGUUCCUUCCCUUGAUGAAGUUAAUAAAGCUGUCUCUGCGCUUCAACAGGCUUUCGACCCUGCUUCGUACUCCCUUGUGAGAGACAAGUAUGCUCAUAAUUUGGACAAGGAUGCUGAGUUGGAUUGGGUGGAGCAUUCACCGCAUCAGAGUAAUUCAAGAAUGUUGCAGCCUUAUGGACCUGACAGAGUUUAUGAUGCUUUUCAUUUAUUACAGACUGAGCCAUCUAUUCAGAGAAUGGUCGUUUCAUUAUCUUCAGAUCAAGCUGUUUGGAAUGCUGUUUUGAACAAUGAGGUCGUUCGGGAACUGAAGGAGUCUUUCAAUGCAGCAGCUGAAGACAGUGAAUCAGAGUGUUCAACUGAAACUUGUGAUGACUCCAACCCUGCAAUGAAUAUCAUCGAGUGGAUUUUUCACAACACUAAGGCCGGAGUCAUCAAAGUUAUCAAUAAAAUUACCCAUAUUGUGAAUGAGUUGUUCAAGCCUCCUGAUGACAAAACACCAACAGGAUCUAAAGCACCUGGAGCUACAGAUCCAUAUGAGGAAAAGCUGAGAACUUCAUUCCUUCUAUCCAUCAUGGUCCUGCUGGUUGUGGUUGUGGCUAGAGCUGGCAGGGCUUGACUGUAAUUCGACGACAUGACAGGUGAUAUUUUCCCAUAGGGUUACUUUUACUGGACAAAGUAUCCCAGUGGUUACAUUGCUAGUCUUAUAGCUGAAGUUAUGUUUGUUAUUUACUUAACAAUAAAAGUAGGGACAAUGAAGUUAGCAUGUUUAUGUGCAUUGUCAGUAUGUCAUGAUCUGAAUAUUGGGAUGUUCAUAUUUUGUAAAGGGUGUAAUGGUAAUUAUUGUGCUUAAUUAGUUGGAAGGUUAUUUUUA